AUGAUCUCUGCUGACCAGAGACCAACCACAUCCACCCCUAAUCGUCUCUUUAUUCGUUCAUCACUGCUAAAGGGCAAAGAUAUUUUAGAAGAAGAAAGCAGUAGAUCGGAGGCUGAUAUUAUCAACGAUUGUGAAAAUAAAAUUAUAAUAAUAAGUGAAGCAAGACUUGAAAAAUUACUUGAAUCACGAAUACCGAAUUGUGGAUGCAAAAUGAAACAAGAGAAAAUCUUUGAAAAUAUAAGAACAUACUACAGGAAAUAUAUGGGAAUUGUGCCUGAUGAAAAUGGAAUACUCAAUAUUGACGUAUCCUACGAUGGGACAUGGAUGAAAAGAGGCCAUGUUUCUAAUGAGGGUAGUGGUCUACAUCCAGUUAGUGAGUGUGGGAGUGAGAAGCGAGAGCAUCUCCCUAUCAGAGAUUCUACGUUGUUCCAGAACCACAGGGUGCCCAGUUUGGAGGCUCAUGUAAUAUUUGAGCCAUUAUUAUCAGCAAUUGGAGUUAUAACUCAACAGGUCACUGGAGGAGCCCUUGAACAGCUGGGAGCUAAUGUGUCAAUUACUGGAAGUGUGGAGAUUUUGCGAGUAGACAUUAUUGAAUCGGAGGCAUCUAAGCUGAACCGAAAGAAAAGGAAAACUGGACUUCAUGCAGGUAACUCUGCCAGCACUUCAGGAGACAACUCUGGUAUUUCUGGCAAAUUCUUCCUUGAUAUUGGCAGUGAAGUCCCUGCUUUCCUUUGUGAGCGAGUAGGACUUGAAAUUGAUGUCAGUAAAGUAGCAGAUGAUUCGAGAGAGUGGGUUAGUCAGCAGCCAACCUUAUUUGUUUCUCGCAGUGCCCUUAAGCAACAUACAUCCACUAUGGUUCACUUCUCUCUCAACAUAAAUUACAUUGCUCAGCAAGUCAACAUGCCACUGCUCCGCCUGUUGCACCAAAUAAGUUCAAUGUAUCAAAACGCAAGAGAGACUCAAAUUGGUUUGCGUGAACAACGUCCCACAAGAACCAAGGAAACAAAUCUACAAAAUCACCACAAAGAUGGGUCUUACUCAGAGCUACAUGAAGGGGAGUACAAGGGUGCAGAAUACAGUAUCAGCAUCAGUGAAGAGCAAGCAACUGUUUCUUCUUUGGCUGGAAUAAAAGGUCCCCGAGGCUCAGUAGUGUCUUCUCUCUCUGCUCGAAUGUCACCGCCACCACCUUCCUCCCGCACCACACGGCCUCAGAGUUUUGCUCAACGUCUAAGGUCUUCAACAAAAAUGAAUAAAGGAUACACAAAUCUUGGUGCAGAGCGGGGAACUGGCAGCCCCUUGUUUAGUAUUAGCGUAAGUGGCUCAGGACUUGAAGGAGCAACUAUAUGCUCUUCAGACAAAUCACCACUUCUGGGUCCUGCAGAAGCUCCAGAACCACAGACACCUGUUACAGCAACUCCAAAAUGCUGGCGCAAUAUUUAUUACCUUUUGGAUUUAUACACCACCACACCUGAGACCAAAACUGUUCAGCAGAGAACCUCAAUCGCUGGUGAUGCUGCAGAUGGACACAAGGGAAGUCGCAAAUAUGAUAUUUUGAAAGAGAGCAAAGCAUCAGACAUUGAAACUGGGAUUCAGGCACAUAUUCCUCCAUCAGUGAUUGCUGAUAAAACUAAGGAAUUAGUCGGAAUAGUGUCUGGAGAACGGACACCUCUUGUGGUAUUUGGGCUGGCCAAGAUCCAACGAACAAAACUACUGGCAACUCUUAGUGGACUCAAACUUGAAGCUGAGAUGAAUGCUGUUCAUUCUUCCCUAACAUUCCGGGAAAAGGUUCGUGGAACAAGAACGCAAGUUAGAGCUACACAGAGAACUACAUCUGAACUUUCUCACACAGGCCAUAUUGGUAGCACAAUGAUUCUUUUGCUUGAGGGAAUUGCCCCAAAUCAACAGUGA